AUGGCUUCAACAUCAGCAUCAGCAGCCGCAUCCACAGCAUCAACGACACCGUCAACACCUACAUCACAACCACAAAGCACACGAAAAUACAACCUCCACAAUCCCCUCCCUCUAUCCGCCGCCCAGGAAGCCGAAGUCAAGCAGCUCUACUACAAACGCGUACGAGCGCAUUGCGCCCCGGAGAUCAAAGCGUUCGCGGAAUGUGCCGUUAAUCGGACGGUAACGGCCACCUGGGUAUGUCGGACUCAGCGGCUGGCCAUGAACUCUUGUAUGGUUGCGCAUGCGAAGCCUGAGGAGGAGGACCGGGCACGGGAGGAGUGGUUCGCGACGCAUGAGGAGAGACGGCGGGCGAGGGAGGAGGAGUUGGCUCGGGUUGAGAAGCGGAGGGAGGAGGUGAUUCGGAUGAUGAGGGAGGAUGAGGCGCGGAGGAAGAGGUAA